AUGAGUCAUCCUUUUGUGCUUCUCGUCUAUUCGAGUCCUCUCAAUCUCGUAAUUCCCGAUGAAGAAACUAAUACCAAGCUCAUUGUAUGUGAGGAAGGAAUCAACUUUUUACGAAGCCUGAAAGAACCGAACAUUGCCGUCGUUGCUGUUGCAGGAAGAGCAAAAACGGGCAAGUCCUUUCUCAUGAAUCACUUACUGAGAGUGGAUCAUGCAGAGGGCUUUCCUGUACAAGUUUCUUUCAAGCCCGGAACGAAGGGUAUUAGUAUUUGGAGUGAGGCUUUCAAAUACCCCAAGAAUGGAAACAAGGAAGUCAUCAAACGAUCAUCCUUAUUGGAUUCAAGAGCCUCGACAACCAUGAGUAGCAAUCAACAACAUCAUCAUCAGGACGAUUACAUGACCGUCGUUUUUAUUGAUAGUGAAGGAUUAGGUGCUCCCGGAAAUCCAGCUCAUUCCUAUGACCCCAAACUUGCAACCCUAACAAUUUCUCUUGCUUCUCUUCUUAUUUAUAAUUUAAAUCAUGAAAUUCAAGUUUCAGACAUUAACUUGUUGCACAGUGUUGCUACCUUGUCGAGUGUUUUUGAGAAUCAAUUCAAUGAGACCUUUCCUUUUCCACCCAUAUUGUGGACCAUUCAACAAUAUGAACAUGAUCUCAUGAAUUAUACUCAUGAAGAGUAUUUGGACUGGGUACUCCAAGAGAAACCAAACAUUUUCAAUACGGACGAAAUUAGAAGGUACAAUGAAACGGUUCGUGUUGUGAAGCAAUUUCCAGAGUUUGUAAAACCUAGAAUUUUGCUGUUAAAUCAUCCACACAAGACGACAGGUCUUCCUCGAUUGCCAUCUCUGAAAUAUCACGAAUUGGAUUUAGAAUAUCAAUAUCAAGUGAGCUAUUUGAGACAACUCAUUGAAACCCGUCUCCGACCCAAACAGUUCAAACAUCUUGCAGUAUCUGGAGAAUAUUUGGCCAAUUUGAUUGAGAGCAUGGUCCAACAUAUGAACACUCUUGAUACAGCAGAUGUUGGAUUGGCACUCAUUAAGGAGCUGUCAUUCAUAUUGAAACAACAUUGUUUGGAAAAUUACAAUCAAAAAUUGCAUUCCAUACCUCUUCCACAAGAUUUGGACUUUCUUCAAAGUCAACACGAGGAAAUGAAAGCACAUGCUCUCAAUAUUUUCAAGAAAAAUUGUACAGGAGGAUUAGAACUUUUUGGAAAUAUGGAAUACUAUCACGAUCUGGAAAAACAAAUUGAUAAGAUAUUCUCUGAUUACUUACCAAACAAUGGUGUGGCAGCAUUCAAAGAGUGUUCAGAUAUUCUCUCAAAAUUAUUUGAUCAAUAUAUUACUAAAAACCAACUCGGAGAAGGAGGAGGAGUUGAACAAUUUGACAAGGCUAUAGAAAUGAUGAAACAACUCUAUUUCCAACAAGCAAAAGGACCAAAUGAAAUUAAGCAAAAGGUUUUGAAAGAUUUUGAAAUCAAUACAGCAACUGCCGCAAGAAAUCGAAUUCUCGACAAAACUACUGCUGAAGAUUCUACAUUGGCUGUCUUUUCAUUAGUUCUUGGUACAUUCACCUUCUACGUUUUGGCUCUCAUUCCCAAACGAUUUGGUUUUGUCAAUGUCAGCCAAUUUUUACUCAGUUUGUGUUACUUUACUGCCACCCUGACCAUCCUCAUUGUUUUGGCUUGGUUCAAUAUCAUGGGUUUGAGAUUUGCAUCUCUCAGUUACUACUCGUCACGAAUCAAAAACUCCAUACUUCACAUAUUUCUCUUCUAUGGGUAUUUCAAAUUGGGAGCUUCAAUCCUGAUUGGACUCAUCAUGCUUUUCAUAUUUUUCAAGAUUUAUUUCUUUAUCAAAUCGAACAAGAUCGUGAAUAUGGAACCAGAGCACUCAGAGCCGCAUGAUUUUGAUUCACACAAUGAGGAAGAUGAAGAUGGUUGGAUCGAUGAAAAUUAUCUCUCGGAUGGCAUUCCUGCAACUGUCACCAAACGAAACCGACAUGCAUACAUGCCUCCAAGCUCACCACUCAUGUAUCCAGCACAAGACAUUGCCGCUACAUUCAAUCAAUACAGUCCCACUCCAAGUCCUUAUUUGAAAGCGAGUUUAUUGAGCAUGGCAAGUCCUAGAACUCCCAAUAAUUAUGCAUCUCCAAUGUCAGCAUCACGAAGAAUGCAACAGCAACAACAAUAUUCUAUAGGAACUCCCUAUUCAACAACAGCGUAUGAAAGACAAUUUUUGACGCCACCAUCCAUUCCAAUGCGAAUGAAAGUUCACCAAACUCCCUCUUUCCACACACCUCACACAAUUUCUGCCUUAAGGAAAAAUCAUCCCGUUUCUUCGAGUAAGAAAACAAAAACACAUAUUUUGUACAGUACAGGAAAAGUCUAUGACCGAUAUCAGCAUGAACAGGAUUAG